GGUAUAAAUGUCUUUUCUCUUUACAUUUCACACUAGAAGAGUAAGCCUUUUGUGUUUCUUCAACCUCUCUUGAAUCGAAUCGAAGAUGCAACAGGGUGGAGGAUCUGAAACAGAGGUGACAUGGGAGGACCAGCAGAACAUCAACAAGUUUGGGAGAUUGAACAACCGGUUCCACGAGCUAGAGGACGAGAUCAAAGUUGCAAAGGAAUCAAAUGAUAACUUGGAGGAUGCAGGGAAUGAAUUGAUUCUCACAGAUGAGGAUGUGGUGAGAUUCCAGAUUGGUGAAGUCUUUGCCCAUGUUCCAAAAGAAGAAGUGGAGAACAGGAUAGAAGAAAUGAAAGAGGUAACUAGCAAAAGUUUGGAGAAACUCUACGAAGAGAAGGAAUCUGUUCUUGCACAGAUGACCGAAUUGAAGCAAAUUUUGUACGGGAAGUUCAAGGACUCCAUCAAUCUAGAGGAAGAUUGAAGGGGACCUGUGAUGUCGAACCUGUUCCUGGGCGGAUCUGAACAUUGGGGUUUGGUUUGUUGUGCUAGUGUUUCUCUGAUACUUUGUUGCUGAUAUGAUGUUUGAUUUGAUAGAUUUUUUAAAUAGAUGAAUGAAAAGUAAGAACUUUGCUAAAUUCUUGCCACCCUAGAAGUUUAGGCAAUUAGUUGGCUUGAAGGAUGCCACUUUUUUAUCCAUGUCAAAC